GUAAAGUAAAGUGAAGCUGUGCUUCGUGUUGGAGCUGCAGGGCGGCCCAGUGACGUGUGAGCAGGUGGUUAUGGUAACACUGGUUUGUCUGAACRGGUCUCAGCUGCUGACGGACGGAUCGAUCCUGCAGCCUGCGCGCAGGGCAGGAGCCUGUUGUGGCUGGAUGGUGACGUUUUAAGGCAGGUCCCGGUCCAACCUACCAAUGGUACCAGUCCCUGCUCCUCUGCUGGGACUGAGCGCGAUGAAUGGGUGUCGGUGCUCUGCGCGGCAGAGGAGCGAGCGCAGCGCGACGAGGCGAUCCGGGGGGGAUGCGGCAUCGAUGCGCGGGAGCUGUCCAUCAGCACCACGUUCUCGACGGAAAGCCCGGAACCCCAGAACCGAGCCGUGACCGAGUCGCUCCCAUUUUCAGCCUGCCGCCCCCUCCUCCUCCCUCCCAGCACCGAGUCCGCGCCUGUCCCCCCUCUGCUCCGCGCCACAGCCUCCAGGAGCUGCCGUGUGUGAGCCAGCCCUGCCGGACCCCCGGCCGCAGCAGAGACCCCCUCCCGCUGAUUGACGACACGGAUCUGCGACCUUCACAGCCGGCACACCUGCAGCAGCAGGACCCCUGGGCCCCGGCCGGCUCCCAGCACCAGUGGCCUGUUUUUCCCAGCUGCCACUGCAGCUUCUCUGAAAACCAGUCCCGCAUUGUCGACCCGCAGCCCCCCGCACCUCUCCCCGCAGCCAUCCCGCCGCCUCCAGCCGCCUUCCCCCACGGCUCAGACCGAGGAGCUGGGCUGAGGAGGAGCGUCAGUCAUUACCAACAGGCUGUGGCACGCUGCAGAGGAGGAGGAGGAGGAGGAGGAGGAGGAGCAGGAGGAGACCACAGGCAGCUGUUGCAGCAGCAGCAGCAGCAGCAGCAUCUGAGGGACCCCUCCCCUGAAGGAGGGGGUGCACACUCACAGGAAGGGCGCGCUUUAAAUGCAUGUAACUCCUCUGAGCUCCCGACACCUCAGGACCCGCAGCAGCAGCACAUCCCGCAGCUGCGCGCGCGCCAGCAGCUGCUGGUGGGGAGCAGCCUGCCCGUCGACCACUGCAGCGGCUCCGGACAGCCAUGUAGGAGCAGGAGGACCCCCCCGGCGGCACCGCGCUCCUGCUCUGCGACUGGCAGCGGCAAAGACAGCCCGAAGCCCGGCUCCAGCUGUCACCUGUGGCCGGAGAGCGCGCUCCGAGGAGAGCCGAGGACCGAGCUCCAUCAGGCCAAUACUGAGCAGAAGAAGCUGAGCCAUGCUGAAUCCAAGCCCUCCCUCUCCGAGAGCAGCAGCCGACUCCCUCAGAUAGCCAUGAACACCUGCAAGUACAAUGGUGGAGUGGUGAGACCACUGGUGGGCAGCCUGACAUCCUCGUCACGCCGCAACCUCGCUGAGCUCGACUCGGAGACACAGCCCUUGCAGACACUACACAGCUCUGGCCUGGAGGUGGUGGUGUCAAAGGGAAAUGCUGGUGAAGACCCCAGUAAAGCAUCCAAUGAGAGCUUGGUCAGAGAUGGUGGCAGAAGAGGCGGGGACAGGGCACCCCAAAAGAAGAACAGGGACAUUGGAUACAAGCUUGGUCACCGGAGGGCGCUGUUUGAAAAAAGGAAGCGGCUCAGCGAUUACGCACUCAUCUUUGGAAUGUUUGGGAUAGUCGUUAUGGUGACAGAAACAGAACUGUCAUGGGGCGUUUACACUAAGGAAUCUUCAUACUCAUUUGCACUGAAAUGCCUUAUCAGCCUUUCCACUGUUAUUUUGCUUGGUCUUAUAAUAAUGUACCACGCCCGGGAAAUCCAGCUGUUCAUGGUUGACAAUGGUGCAGAUGACUGGAGGAUAGCCAUGACAUAUGAGAGAAUCUUCUUCAUCGUGCUGGAGCUUUUGGUGUGUGCCAUUCAUCCCAUCCCAGGCCAGUAUGUCUUUACGUGGACAGCACGGCUGGCCUUCACCUACACGCCAUCUGUGGCCGACGCUGACGUGGACAUUAUCCUCUCAAUCCCCAUGUUUCUGAGACUCUACCUGAUCGGCAGGGUUAUGUUACUCCACAGCAAGCUGUUCACAGAUGCUUCGUCCCGCAGCAUCGGUGCCCUCAACAAGAUCAACUUCAACACCCGCUUUGUCAUGAAGACCCUCAUGACCAUCUGUCCAGGAACMGUGCUGCUGGUCUUCAGUAUAUCCUCCUGGAUCAUUGCUGCAUGGACUGUGCGUGUCUGUGAGAGGUAUCAUGACAAACAGGAAGUAACCAGUAACUUCCUGGGAGCCAUGUGGCUCAUUUCCAUUACCUUCCUCUCUAUUGGCUACGGUGACAUGGUACCACACACGUACUGUGGGAAAGGCGUGUGUCUACUCACAGGGAUCAUGGGUGCUGGUUGUACUGCGCUGGUGGUUGCAGUGGUUGCCAGGAAGCUGGAGCUGACCAAGGCUGAGAAGCAUGUACACAACUUUAUGAUGGACACACAACUCUGCAAACGAGUAAAGAAUACAGCUGCCAAUGUACUCAGGGAAACAUGGCUCAUUUACAAACACACAAAGUUGGUUAAGAAGAUAGAUCAUGCCAAGGUGCGGAAACACCAACGCAAGUUUCUCCAAGCCAUUCACCAAGCUCAGAAACUGCGCAGUGUGAAGAUGGAGCAGAGAAAACUCAAUGAUCAGGCCAACACCUUGGUGGACCUAGCAAAGACCCAGAAUGUGAUGUACGACCUGGUGUCUGAGCUGCAGGAACGCAGCGAGGAGCUGGACAAGCGCAUUGGCACACUAGAGGACAAGCUGGACUCGGUGGCAGGCAGCUUGCAGGCACUGCCCUGCCUCAUCUCCCAAGCCAUAACCCAGCAGCAGCAGGACUUUAUGGACGGCUUUGUUCACCGCUUCCGUCCUGCGUCUCUAGCAUCAGAGCGCUCGGAACACUCGGAGCGCUCAUGGACUUCCACCGCACGUAGGAGGCGCUCUCCGUCCACAGCACCACACACAUCUUCAGACAGUGGAUGACCUCGACAAACUGUCCGUCACCCAUCAGGCCCAGCCUUUCUCACAAUAACACACCACCUCAUUCAGUCCUAUCCAAAGUGUCUCUGUACCAACUGCAAGUCCAUUUCCUGGACUAAUAUUGAACCCGUAUCUUGAUCCGCAGCCUGCUCUUCACYCUUCUUCUCCCCUUUUUUCCUCCUACUUAUCAACCAAAAGAAUCCAAAUCCUCAUUCCUGUAUGACUGAGCCUUUCAGCACAGGCCUGGAUUAGAGCUUCUCAAAAAAGAAAACAAAUAAUAAAAAAACACACAAAUGCAUCCCCAAAAGACAAGGAGAAAUAAAUUAUUCAAAAAAAAAAAAGAAAUAAAAAAAUGAGACAAAGUAGAGAUGUGGUUUAUGUUUUAGCCAUUGUAUGGCUGUUCCAGUUAGCUUUUUUGUAAAAGCCCUUGUAUAGAUUAAAAAAAUGACUGAGUUCAAGGUCGCUGGGGUGAGAGCUGGCUGUCACACCGGAGAGUCCUUAACCACAUUGGGAAAGUUGGUCUGUGGAGCCUUGGUUCACCUGCCGGUCCUCCAGGACAUGGAAUAUCUUUGUCUACCCAUCUGCUUGUUUACCUUUUUGUCUAAAGGGGAAAGUGAGAAAAGUCGUCUGAUUUCCCUCACUAAAAAAGUGUCAUGGAUUCUUUCCUAUAGUGUAGGCUGAAAGCUUUAGGAGAAGCUACUAUAGCUCUGACUUAAGUUCAAAGUUUGAAAAUGCACUCAAGCAGGAGAAACUGUCAUGUGAAAGAAUAUGGCAUUACUACAAGGUAGGAAAACUUUACACAUUUGCCAACUUUAAGGUAUCGGUUUCCUUGUUCUUACCAAGGGACAAAAAGAGCAACUAUCUUUUUUAGUUACAUAUUGACAUGUGAUUUUUCAGUGCCUGAAUGUAUAAAUAGUAGAGGGUUAUUUAAUUACUAAUUUCCAAACUUUUUUACGAUGUUAACAGUCUGAAUGGAGCAUUGCAUUACUUUUUCAGAAACAUUCCUCUCCAAAAAUGUAAAAAAAUUGUCUUAAUGUAGUGCAUAGCAUUGCCUUCAUUACACUGCGACUCCAGACACUUUGAUGACUUUGAAAACCCGUUUUUCCUUGUUUCUAUUUAGACCGUGUGGAAUGAGGAGUUCAGAGAGUGAGCAGAAGUCUGACUGAGAGAAUAUUUGUGUGUUUGUUAGACAGAUAGUUCACUUCUAGUUCAAUGCUGCUCACAACAAUUAAAUAURAAGUAGUCUACCUUACUCACCACCUCCAAUUAGAGCUUCCUGUGGUCUUUUGAAAACGGCAUGGCUUGAAAUACGCUGUUAUACAGCCACACAGACACACAUUACUGGUUGAACUGAAAAACUAACCUGAUUUUUUUUUGUUUGUUUUGCAUGGUUGUGUUCAAAAAUGGCAAUAGAUCCCAAUCUUCCUGGCUUGAUUAUUCAUCUAAUUUUGAUUUUAUUCAAUUAUGGUUAUUUUUCUGUUGUUUGUGUAUAUAUAUAGUAAUAUAUAUACAGUCAC